GUGGUCUUUGGAUAAAAUGUCCAAGGCCGUAUUACUUGUUUUCGUGGUGAUGGCUGCAUCAGCCAUUGCCAGCCCCGUGCCUAAGCCCCAAUUUGGACUGGGAGGCGGUGGCGGAUUCGGAGGCGGAUUCGGCGGCGGCUUCGGCGGUGGAGCCGGUGGCGGAUUUGGCGGCGGAUUCGGAGAAGGUUUCGGCGGUGGACUCGGCGGCGGACUCGGAGGUGGCGGCGGAUUUGGUGGUGGCGGCGGAUUCGGCGGUGGUGCCGGUGGCGGAUUCGGCGGUGGAUUCGGAGAAGGAGGCGGAUUCGGUUUUGGACGUUGAGAACGAAUUAGCUAGCGUCAGACACCACCAAUGACCACCGUGAUAAUUAAUAUUUUUUGUCAUAAAUAAAUUGAUUUACUUUUAUAAUAAACAAAUUAUAAAAU